AUGCCCUCGAGGGAAUCGAACGUGGAACUUGGACUGUGGAGCUCGCAGCGUCCAGGGGCCAUUGUCUGCGGCCGCGCGGAUCGAUACGGCGCGCCCUUGGGGUCAAAUAUCACUUCCAAAGUCGCUGUGGCUACGGAGGCGGCAGACGGAAGGAGGCUGGGGUGGCACGGGGCGGUCUUCUUCGAGUCUAACCGUGACUGCCAGAUUGACCAGCACCACCGGAACCAGUGCCAGUACUGCCGUCUCAAGAAGUGCUUCCGGGUGGGCAUGAGGAAGGAGGCGCUGUUCGCCCCCGGAUUCUGCCGGCAUUCCCCUCUGGUGUUUGCUGUACACAGAGUUGACCUGGAGUUCACGGAGCGCGCCGUGGCCUUCAUGGACCAGGUGCGGGCCUUCCAGGAGCAGGUGGACAAGCUGGGCCGCCUGCAGGUCGACUCGGCUGAGUACGGCUGCCUCAAGGCCAUCGCGCUCUUCACGCCCGAUGCCUGUGGCCUCUCGGACCCGGCCCACGUGGAGAGCCUGCAGGAGAAGGCGCAGGUGGCCCUCACCGAGUAUGUGCGGGCGCAGUACCCGUCCCAGCCCCAGCGCUUCGGGCGCCUGCUGCUGCGGCUGCCCGCCCUGCGCGCAGUCCCUGCCUCCCUCAUCUCCCAGCUGUUCUUCAUGCGCCUGGUGGGGAAGACGCCCAUUGAGACACUGAUCAGAGACAUGCUGCUGUCGGGGAGUACCUUCAACUGGCCCUAUGGCUCGGGCCAGUGACCGUGACGGGGCCACGUGCGCUGUGGCCAGGCCUGCAGACAGACCUCAAGGGACAGGGAAUGCUGAGGCCUCGAGGGGCCUCCCGGGGCCCAGGACCCUGGCUUCUCUCCUCAGACUUCUAUUUUUUAAAGACUGUGAAAUGUUUGUCUUUUCUGUUUUUUAAAUGAUCAUGAAACCAAAAAGAGACUGAUCAUCCAGGCCUCAGCCUCGUCCUCCCCAGGACCCCUGGCCAGGAUGGAGGUAAGGGAUGGAGGGUCCAAUCCUGGGACAGCCUUGUCCCUCGGCACCCCAAGCAUGAACUUGUGGGAUGGUAGGGUAGGCUUCCCUGGCAUGAUGGACAAAGGCCUGGCGUCUGGGCCGGAGGGGCCGCUCCAGUGGGCAGGGGUAGCUAGCGUGUGCCAGGCAGAUCCUCUGGACACGUAAUCUAUGUCAGACACUACAUGAUGACUCAAUCAAGGCCAAUAAUAAAGACAUUUCCUACCUGCACA